AGAUGAAAGAGCGGAGAAGAGAAAUCGGAAUUUAUUUUCUGGAGGACAAAUCAGAGAGAAUUAGAAAAAAAAGAAAAGAAAAGAAGUCGCCAUGGUUGCCGCAUCAGCCAACCUCGCGAACCUGAGAUCGACGUCGCUAUUUUCAAAUCGGCCACUCUCUAUCUCCAUGUUAAGCGGAAUCAGAAACUCUUUCAUGUUACCCUUCAGGAACUGUCUUAAGCCCACACCUCUCCGACUCGCGUCGUGGCCACCGCACGGUUCUUCUGUUGUUAGGGCCAUGUCUUCUUCUUCUUCCUUCGGAUCGACACUGGAGGAGAGCGUUAAAUCGACGGUGGCAGAAAACCCCGUCGUCGUUUACUCCAAAUCCUGGUGCUCAUACUCCUCUGAAGUGAAGAACUUGUUCAAGAGCCUUCAAGUUAAGCCACUGGUUGUUGAAUUGGAUGAACUUGGUCCGGAGGGGUCGCAGCUGCAGAAUGUGUUGGAGAGACUUACUGGACAAUACACUGUUCCCAAUGUUUUCAUCGGAGGAAAGCACAUUGGUGGCUGCUCAGAUACACUGCAGCUGUACAAUAGGGGUGAGCUGGAGCCAAUGAUAGCUGAAGCCAGUGGAAAAACCGGUCAGACUUAGCGAGGUUUAGAGAUGAAACACUGCAAGUUGGAGUUCAUGUUUCCUUCUUGUUUAAUCCGCGAACCUCUUGGAUAAAAAAUGAUAUUGAAGUCGAGAUGAUAUGGCGAUUCAAAGUUACAGUCCUAUAUAGUGACUUGAUAAGAAUCUUUUGUGUUUCUUUCCAUGUAAGCCAACGCAAUAGACAAAGUCAUGCCGGUUUUUGUUAAUAAACCGCAGUUGCUGAUC